CUUCAUUCUUCAUUCUUCAUUCUUCAUUCAAUCGUUCUUCAUUGCUCUUUCUUUUCUAUUCCUUACCCAUACUUUGUCUUUAUCACCCUUUUCUCUUCCUCCUUUUAUUUCAUUUCAUUUCAUUUUCACUUUCCCUUUUUAUUUUUAUCCAACCGUCAGAUCAAUUUUUAUUUUUUUAUUUCUCACCUAGUUUUAUAUAUAUUCUACCACGUAAAUCAUUUACAAGAUGGCGUCGACCGGUGUCACAACCAAUUCAGCCAAUGUUACUAUUAAUGCUGCUGGUGCUUCUACUCCAACUUCGACCACUUCAUCCGCCUCCUCUACUUAUGAUCAAGCCCCUGGGUUGCUUCGGAUUUCGCCCCAGAUCUUCCAGUUUACAGCAUCCAAGAUCUCGUCCGGAUUGGUCUCCAAACUCAAGAUUAAAAAUUUGAUGCAGAUUCAUGUCGGAUACAAAUUCAAGACGAAUGCGCUUAUGAGAUAUUCGGUGAAGCCUACCCUUGGUGUCCUUGCUCCUGGACAAUCAGUAGAAGUCUUUGUCCGUUGUGAGAGUUGGAUCAAUCCUCAAGAUAGAUUCCUCCUGCAGAGUGUUGCUCUUGAUGAACAUGAAAGCCGGCUAUUGGAUGCUUCCUCUUGGAAGGAUUUGGAUCGCAGGAGAAUCAUAGAGACUUUUAUUCAAUGCUCAUCUUCAUCAACAUUAUCAAUGAGGGAUCCUCAGGAUGACAUCGGAACCCUGUCCUCAUCUUCCAACACGUCUUCGACAACUUCAUCCCAUGCUACAUCUAAUGUCACCAUGACUCCUAGUAUACAGUCAGAAAAGGCUCGUCAGCAACGUGCAUAUCUUCAAAGAAAUGGCCAAACUCCGAUCCCUACGGCUGCGUACGUUCAUGCAGCAGGCAGGAAAAUGUCAACUGGUUCAACUACAUCCUCUACCACGUCUUCACCAGGAUCGUAUCCUAUAUUAAACUCAUCUCCAAAAGGCGGGAUCCCAUCUUCCAAUAGUCGUAAUUAUAACAAUAGCAGUGAAAAAAUGGGCCUUGCAAACUCUGCCACUGUAUUGAUCUCUGGAUCUGCAACUUAUAUGACUGCUAAACUCAGCAAUGCAAAACAAACCAUCAAGACUCUAACACGAUUCCUGGCUGUACGGCAAUAUACGAAAAUGCAGGUCUUUACUGUCUCUGUGAUCUGUCUCUUGUUGGGAUUGCUUUUGCCGCUAGAGAAGAUCGUGUUCUUUGCUAGUGGCAAUUCUGGUAGCCUCUUUGGUAGCAGUGGCGGCAGCAUCACCACCACGACCACCAUCACUGCCACCAGCACCAGUAACGAUGGGGCUGAUAAUGCUCAAUUCCAGAACAGUUUGAUUGGGCAUCGAAAAGCACCCAUUUUCACAAAGUCUACUGCCGAAUCUUUGUCAUCGCCGUCAUUAUUCAAUGAUCAACCUAUGUAGUGACAACUGCAACACCCGGAGAGAUCGAUGAUGUUCUAGUAGAGACUUCAAAGCUAAGCGAGAUUGUAUGAGUAUGACAUUGUGGCGCUUUGUAAAAUUAAUCUUGUACAAUAUAUAUUUUAUAAUAAAUUAAAAUAAAUCUCCAG